CCAGCUGCGAGUGCAUACUUAUCGACUGCAUAGGUAGCUGCUCCAAUGUAAGGUGAACUUUGUUUGUCGGUGAACUGGAAUCGACGCAUGUCAGAAUCGUUCGAGCGGUAGAGGGGACGUCAGACAGGUGUUUCGACAGUUCUGUACUUUGAGCCUCGCUUGACUGAGAAAAAGAAAAAGAGUAGCAGCAACGAACGACCACCUCAAGCUUUUACUCCCCAACAACCUCUUCAGCAACACCAACCAGGCCCUCAACAGCGAACAUGGCUUUCUCAUUCUCCCUGGAACUCCUGUCCUCUCCAACUGUCCUCGCCGCUCUUGUUCUCACCCUCUACCUCAUCUACGCGCAUAUCAUAUCUCCCUCCAAACUGUCUCACAUUCCGGGCCCAUGGUACACUUCUCACAGCACGCUUCCCCUCCUCUACUGGAUCACCUCCGGCUCCGCCUGGUCCAAAUACGGCCACCUCUGCCAAGAGUACAAUUCAGAUCUCAUCCGCAUCGCGCCCGGCCACCUCAUCACAGGCUCCGUCAAAACAUGGAAGAAAAUCUACUCUUCCUCCUCCUCUUCCUCGACAAAAGGUUCUUCGCCCGGCUACCCCCGCUCCGACUGGUUCAACGCCAUGCGUUUCGUCCCCAACCAAGACAACACCCUCUCAAUGCGCUCCGAAAAAUCCCACUCCGACCUCCGAAUGAAACUAGCAGCAGGCUACGGUGGCAAAGAAGUCCCCGACCUGGAAUCCAAAAUCGACGAACAAGUGCUCUCACUCAUCUCCCUAAUCAACAGAAAAUACAUAUCAAAUUUGAAAGAAGGAAUUUAUAAGCCGAUGGAUUUUGCGAGGAAGAGCCAUUUUUUCACUCUUGAUGUGAUUUCUUCUCUCGCGUUUGGAGAGAGUUUUGGGGAUUUGAGGGAUGAUAAUGAUAAUCAUGGAUAUCUUGAACAGAUGGAACAGGGGAUUACGUUAAUCAAUAUCAUGGCUGUUUUGCCCAAACUCUACUUAUUUCUUGAGAAGAGUAAGAUUUUGGCACUGGUGGGACCGAGCGAGAGGGAUGAUUUGGGAUUAGGAAAAGCGUAUCGGCUUGCGAAGGAGUUGGUCGGGAGGAGGUUUCGGAAUGGUGAUGAGACGCCGAGUGAAGAUCGGAAAGAUAUGAUGGGAUCUUUUUUUCGACAUGGGAUGAAGAGGAGUCAGGUGGAGAGUGAGGUUGUUUUGCAGAUUUUGGCGGGGAGUGAUACGACUGCUACGGCUGUGAGGAGUGUUUUGUUGAAUGUGGUGAGUUGUGAGAGAGUUUAUAGGAGGUUGAUGAAAGAAAUUGGAGAAAAGAUGGAGGGGGUUGGGGAAGAGGAGGUUAUUAGGGAUUCGACUGCGCGAGGGAUGAAGUAUCUUCAGGCUUGUAUUAAGGAAGGAUUGAGAAUUGCGCCGCCUGUUAGUGGGUUGUUCUCGCAUGAGGUUCCGGCUGGAGGAGAUGAAGUUGACGGAUAUUUCGUGCCUGGGGGUACAAGAAUUGGCUGGUCCACCUACGCCAUGACACGCAACCCAUCACUUUUCGGUCCAGAUGAGCACUGCUUCCGUCCCGAACGCUGGCUUCUACACGAAGACGGUGGCGACUGCGAAAGCGCCGCCAAGCUCCGCGAGAUGGAUCAGAAUAACGAAGUCAUUUUCGGCUAUGGACGAUUCAAAUGUCUUGGUCAGCCUGUCGCUCUGAUGGAAUUGAACAAGAUUUUCGUGGAGUUGUUGCAACGCUUCGAUUUUCAAAUCUGUGAUCCGAAGAAACCGUACGAAGUCGAUUUCCAAAUUGGUGUUUGGACGCAGAUUGGAUUGUGGAUGACUGUUACGAGGAGGGAGGAGCGGGUUUGAGAAAUCAUUAGUAGGAUAUGGAGAGUCGACGGUAGGCUGCGUGGAUAUCAGGCGUCUGCAGUCUCAAACACAUCGAACGGCAGAGGAAGAGAGAUAUGAGCCUCUAGAGUUGAAGUCGACUUUGCUCUGGUGAUGGCCAGCCCAUCUAUUUGGGCGGCUCGGAUGUCUGGCACGAAACUGCUCCGAGUGCCAAGCUUCGGCCCCUGAGGCACCAAUUGCUUCCGUGACUUCACCUGGUGUUGAAGCUAGCAGAUCUGUCUAAAUUUAUCACUCAACCC